UAAAAUACUUAAAGAAUACAUAAUUUUAAUAUUUCCAAGAAAACGUCCAUGAGAAGAGGGAAAUGCAGACGGAAAGUGUGCUGGUGUCUGCAGCGCAGAGUGGUGGGUGGGCCUGACACCUUCCUCUGGACACUCCCGGCAGCCUUUCCUUCGCACACCUGCUCCCUGGGCUCGUGGAAGUGUUUGCUAACGGAAGCUUUGGGGAUAAAAAAUCCUCCCUGCUAAUGAGAUGAGAAAGUUGAUUAAGCUUCCAGUUGGGCUGAGCAGGUCUGACACCAGCGGCUGCCCAGGGGCAGCGUCUACACAGGAGAGUUUCCAAGGGCAGUUUCGGGCCUGCCAGAGGGAUGGUGAAGAAGACUUCGAGAAAGUUAUUGAGAAGGAAAGUCUAUUUUUGCUUUUAUAGAUCGGUAAGCAUUGCUGGUUUUUAAAGUAUGAGCAGACAUUUUCCUGGUUGAGCCGAGUGUGUUUUCUCCUUUGACAUUACAGCAUAAGGAUUAUCGUGGAGAGCUUUGCUACUCAAAGGAUGGUGGACAGGCCAGCAACGGCAGCAUCACAGAGCCAGCUGCUCCCUGGGAACAACUUCACCAACGAGUGCAACAUUCCGGGCAACUUCAUGUGCGGCAAUGGCCGGUGCAUCCCCGGCGCCUGGCAGUGUGACGGGCUGCCCGACUGCUUCGACAAGAGUGAUGAGAAGGAGUGCCCCAAGGCUAAGUCGAAAUGCGGCCCGACGUUCUUCCCUUGUGCCAGCGGCAUCCACUGCAUCAUCGGCCGCUUCCAGUGCAACGGGUUUGAGGAUUGUCCGGACGGCAGCGACGAGGAGAACUGCACGGCGAACCCUCUGCUUUGCUCCACUGCGCGCUACCACUGCAAGAACGGCCUCUGCAUUGACAAGAGCUUCAUUUGCGAUGGGCAAAAUAACUGUCAAGACAACAGCGACGAGGAGAGCUGUGAAAGCUCGCAAGAGCCAGGCAGCGGGCAGGUGUUCGUGACGUCGGAGAACCAGCUCGUGUACUACCCCAGCAUCACGUACGCCAUCAUCGGCAGCUCGGUCAUCUUCGUGCUGGUGGUGGCGCUGCUGGCGCUGGUCUUGCACCACCAGCGGAAGAGGAACAACCUCAUGACGUUGCCCGUGCACCGGCUGCAGCACCCGGUGCUGCUCUCCCGCCUGGUGGUCCUGGACCACCCCCACCACUGCAACGUCACUUACAACGUCAACAACGGCAUCCAGUACGUGGCCAGCCAGGCCGAGCAGAACGCCUCGGAAGUGGGCUCCCCGCCCUCCUACUCAGAGGCCCUCCUGGACCAAAGACCCGCGUGGUACGACCUCCCUCCACCGCCCUACUCGUCCGACACCGAGUCUCUGAACCAAGCCGACCUGCCCCCAUACCGCUCGCGCUCCGGGAGCGCCGACAGCGCCGGCUCCCACGCGGCCAGCAGCCUGCUGAGCACGGAAGACAGCGGCCACAGCCCCGGGCAGGCCGGCCCUCCUCCGGAGAGCACCCUGGGGCCCAGGGACUCCGUGCCUGGCCAGGACACCGCAGAAGUCUAAACCCGGCUCUUCCAAAGUCCAUAUGGGUUCAUCUGCUCUGACUUGUUACCAUCCUAACAACUUACGCUUGUGGGAAGCUCCUCAGGGUGCCUCAAGGAGGGAUUUGGGGUGUCAGCUAACUCUCCAUUCCCCUUCCCACCCCCCUCCCCGCCCCAAAUUUCAGGGAUGUUCUUUUGAGGGAGACCUGGCGUUUUUCCGGCCUCUCAGGUGACCUGAUGUAUUGUGCGUCUUGUCUGGAAGGUCACUCAUCCUUCGGGGCCCAGGAUCAUGACCUCACUUGUCAUAUCAUUGUCCUGUGACUGGUGGCAUCGUGCCGAAUAGGCAGCCUUAGUUUGCAGGCAGCAGGAUAAGGCAGUAUUUGGGGAGUCCUCGAGAACGCAGUGUUUCUGUGCCAUGCUGGGUGUUCAGAGGGGCAGGAGACACUGGGCCAGGCUCUCCGUGGGCCACUCACUACAGCUCUAUUGGGGAUUGGGCUUGGAUGGUGCUCCGAGGAGGCCGGCAUGGAUGGCCACCCUGGAAAGAAUCCGGGUGAGCCCCAAACCCUGCCUUGCACUCUUGUGCACACCGCCCUCAGUUCAUUGGAGGCGGCGGCCAGAGGAGACGUUGCCAAGGGUUAUGCCCUUGAGCCAUCAGGGGGCCAUUUUGGUUCUCUGAACAGCUCAAACCAUCUACUCUGCAGAGAAUCGGGCUUUAAAAACUUGCCCGAAAAUCCUCGUUUGGAGGGUCUGGCAGCGUCUGUCAUCAGCCUCAUCCCAGAAUAGGCAGGAAGCCCCAGCCAUACAUUCAACCGAGUUCUCGGCUCCUCAAAUGCCGGCUGUUGAGAGCCUGGGCCUGCUUUGGUCCACAGUCCUUCCCCUGGCUUCUGGACUGUCACCCCUCCAGCUGUGACCUGCCCGGAGCCAAGGAAGGAGGACCCAACUUGAAUUGGCCAAAAAUCGGAUCUGGUCCUCUGUCCCUGGAAACCACACCCAGCCUGUCUUGCCCAUUCAUGCAACUUUCCGCCCUAGCUUCCCAGGUUACCUUCACCCCCAGAAGUCAUUUUCCCUGUGCAUUUGGACUUGACACUGUGGUUUCUGACAAGCAUGAGAACCAUAUUCAGUAGCUCCCACCAGGGCUCCUGGCUCCCUGCUCUGCACACACUUCCCUUCCCAAGGCCCAGAGACCAGCACCCUGAUUUAGGGUUAGGGUUAGCGGCAGGCUCAGGCUUCUUCUGACCUGCCAUAGUUUCUCCUCUAAAAGACGUGGACAGUAGACAAUUUGGAGUCAAGAUUUGCCAUUCGGACUUUUUUUUUUUUUUAAUCUCUUAGAAAUGCAUUUGAAACAGUGUGUUUGUUUUUUCCCUUCUAGUUAAGGGAUUAUUUAUAUGUGUAUAGGAAAGCUGUCUUUUUUGUUUGUUUGUUUUUCCUUGAGUGAGGUCCAAAGAAAGAUGCGAAAGAAGAUCACACCUUUGUCCCACUGAGCCUUGAUACCAAGUCACUCCAGACUGACCUGCGUGCCAGGCUUUUGUGCAUUGUUGCACUUUGAGUCAUUAUUUAUCGAGUUCUUGAAGGAUGCAGAAAGAGGGAUGCCUUUCUCCCUUGGUUCACAGUCUCUGUGUUUAUGCUAGCUUUCCUCUUCCUCUGUGCCCAGCCCGCCACAGGGCCCACUCCCUGGAGAAAUAGUGGGUAGAAAUGUGGGCGUUCGUUGGCAGGAAACCACACUGACUGAUGGGGAACAAAACUGGAACCAGGUGGAACCACUCCAGGCAGCUGUCACCCGUUCAGGACUUCUUCCACAGCAGGAGAAGUGUUCAGUGACCUUGUUGAUGCAAAUUUCAAUGAAGCCUGCAGGAGUGGGGGGGUACGACGUGGCAUUUAAUGAUCCUGUUCUCAGGACUUUUUUUUUUUUUUAACCAAAUCCAAACUGUGUUACAGGAAAGCUAGCCACUUGUUGAUUUCUUUUUGUCUUUUUUAAGUUAAAGAAAAGGAGCCUUAGUUGCUUGCGUCUUUCAUUUUUUUAAAUGACACUUGAGUUAUUUUCCACGUAAUCCAAUAAAGAAAGAACUUUUGAUGGGAGCCAGAGUGUGUUAGGAACUCUGGCUGAGCAUUUCAUCUCCUAUGAGUCAGAAUGGCUUUAUAUCUUCUCCUUUUGAUGGGCCCAUGCUUCUUUCUGGUAUUUUGGAAGGUAUUUAGAGGAAGGGAUUCUAAUUUUAAUUAAUUGUGCAGUGAAUUAAUCUCACUCGCUUUUCUGCUUCCAGGCAUCUUAGGAAAAACAAAUGGUCUUAGUAGAUAAGAAAGCCUAUUAAUGUUGUGUUUUUUUUUUUAAAUAAACACAGGGACAUUUUUAUUAUAGAUGGUGAUUUUUUUAAUGAGUCUUUUAAAAAAUAUAUAAAUAGGACACCAAAGCUGUAGGGAUUUUUCCUGUUUUUUUCCCCCUACUCAAGAUGGCAAAUAAGUGGCCAGCAAUAUUUUUUAACUCAUUCCAUCCAGGCUAUUUUUUUACAUAUUGCCUAAAUCUACAGAAAACCAUCUCUGCUCUUUUUUCUCAAAUGAGACCAGCAAGUUCUUUUUAUUUUCAUGUUCAAAUUCACAUCCCUGUAACCCAUAUCUUAUCCCCUGACUCAGCCCCCUCCUCUGAAACUGACUUUUUAAAAAAAAUGCAACAAAGUGGCUGACAAAUAGCGUGCGAUGUUCAAAGUUGAUGUAAACUGGAAAGUUUGUUGUGUGGUUGCUUUUCGUGUUUUGGUCAGGUUUUGGUUUGGGUUUCUGUUUUUUUUUGUUUUUUUUUUUUUUAAUUUUUAUACUUUCAAAUAAACUUGCAGUUUCAUUCUUUC